CUGUGCACACAGAACCAAGGGAAGGUCAAAAGUUGACUCUGUGCCCUGUCCUCUGCUCUCUCCCUCCUUCGCACGAUCCGCUCCCUUUGCUGCUGGAGCUCGAACUCUAGUCCUGGUUUUGCACCUGGUCCCUGGGGCCGCCUCACUCACGGCCUCUUGCUGCUGUUUACUGAUCUCUUGUCCUGAUAUCACUCCGCUGGCAUGAAGGAGGAGGAAGCACUGAGAGGAGGAGGAGUGCACUUGAUCAUUGUGAUGGUGGCAGGAGGAGCAAAGGCAGCAGAAGCAUUAGCAGCAAGCCCUGCUCUAUCAGCUCCCUUCACCAGCCUCCACUGCUCUACUUUCUGCAACUGCUCUGGCUAUUGAGCUGUGUGUUCUCUCCCCCCCACAUCCCUCCUCCUCCUCUCUCCCUGAGGAUUUAUUACUUAUGUAGAAAGAUAUACUCAUUGUAUUGGUUCUUCUGUACAAUCUCCUGUUUAUUUUUUGCCCUCUUUUUAUUUUUAAUGUGCAAGAGAUCCACAAAAAAGUACUUUGGACGCUUUUGCUGCACACACAAGUAAACUUUUUUCCUCUGCUCUCUGGAAAGGGGAAUCCAAUAGGAGCCAGUGUGUGUGUUAAUGCUGUGACUGAGAGGAGGAGUGUGUGCAUGUGUGUGUGUUGUGUAUACCUAGGCAUGUCUUCUAGUACACGACUGUGGCCAGAAAGAAGUGUGUAAGUGACAGUAAUGUGUAAGCACCCAUUGCUUGGACCUCCUGCUCCUUCCUGGGGAUUGAUCAGAAACACUGGAUUAUAGACAGAAGAAGAGAGCUCGUCUGCUGCUGCUGCCUUCCUCCCGAACUCCUGCUCUUCUUUCUUAGGAUAGAUUUAAUUUUUUCACCCUAGCAUUUUUUUUUGUAUGUCUGAUCUGAUGAGAGAGCCCCCCGCCUCUCCUCUCUGGGGGCUGUGCAAAGAGGUGAUGCAUUGACCUGGGUGUUCAACUCUGUGCAAGAACCACUGGGUGCUAUCCAUGCUGGGUCUGCACCCCAACCUGGCUCCUGAUCCUGUGUAACCACCCACUUGGAGGAGCCCCAACAAACAAACAAAAAAGUAGAGGGGGCUGUCAGACACGGGGACAGUUUGGGGGCCACUACAAACUUCUCUUCCAAAAUAGUGUGCCCGGGGACUGACAUGGGGGAUUUCGCAGCCCCCGCUGCCUCCAGCAACGGCAGCAGCCUGUGCAUCAGCAAUGCCCUGGGCAGCAGCAUCGCUGGGGCUGGCACCGGCAUUGGGGUUGGUAGUCACAGUGGUAAUAAUACCCCUCCCAGCGCUGCUGCCCCCAAUGCGCCGAACAAUAGCAGCAGCAGCGUGAGCAUUCCAAAGCACAGCACCGUGGUGGAGCGGCUCCGGCAGAGGAUAGAGGGCUGCAGGAAGCACCAUGUCAGCUGUGAGAGCAGGUACCAGCAAGCGCAGGCAGAGCAGCUGGAAAUGGAGAGAAGGGACACGGUGAGUCUGUAUCAGAGGACACUGGAGCAAAGGGCCAAGAAGUCGGGCACCAGCCAAGGGGGAGCAGCUUCUGCAGGAUCUACUACCACAGCCGGUGGUGGUGCUGCCGGAGUCAGCAAGCAGCAACAGCACCACCAUCAUCCCCACCACAAGCAGCAGCUGCAGCAGCAUGAGGCAGCAGAGGCACCGACCAGCGGCACAGCUGAGCACAGGAACCACACUCUAAUCAUGCUCCAAGAAGCCGUGCAGAAAAAAUUAGAAGGUGCGCGGUCACCACUCAACGGAGAACAGCAAAAUGGUAUCUGUGACGAAAGGUUUUCUCCAUCUGCUAAACGGCGGAGGAAAGAAAUACCAGGCAUGGACACACUUAACAAUUUGUCAAGCAUGCCACUGCCUUCAGUGUCACCUCUUCACCAGCUUGAUAUCAAGCCACACCUACCAGUUCUGAGCAGUGUAACUCAUUCUGGUGGACUUGAAGACAUAAAUAAGAAUGGCGGACAGCAGGAUGUCAAACUAGCAGUAAAUGGUUCCAGUGAACUGGAGGAGAGCUUUAAUAUCCUAAACAAGGAAAUGAAGCAAGAACCACUAGAUGAUUCUUCAGUAAUAGACACGUCUGAUACUUCCCUUUCCAACCAAAACAAACUUUUUUCGGACAUAAAUUUGAACGAUCAGGAGUGGCAAGAGUUAAUUGAUGAAUUUGCAAACACUGUUCCUGAAGAUGACAUUGAGGAUUUAUUUAAUGAGAACUUCGAGGAGAAAAAGGAGUUAGAUUUCUCCAGGCCUACAACCCAAACACCCCUUCCUCAAGAAAGUGCCAGUGUCAAGAGUGAUCCAUCUCACUCUCCUUUCCCACAUGUGUCCAUGGGCUCUCCUCAAGUACGUCCUUCUUCAUCUGGUCCUUCUUUUUCUAAUGUAUCCUCUGUGUCCAGCAUACACUCAGUAUCCAGUGCUCCAUCUACUUUAAUGCUUGCGGGCUCACCAGCAAGUUGUGUUGUCCAAUCGCCACAAACACCUAAUCCACCUCAUACUCCUGGCCAGAGCUCUACAAGACCUGGAAAUGGCUAUGUCAUGACCCCCCCUUCUAGUGCAGGGAGUGGAUCUGUGAACCUCCCAAGUGCUGACUUGUCCCCAGCUGAGCAGCUUAAACAAAUGGCAGUGCAACAACAACAACGAGCAAAACUCAUUCAUCAGAAACAGCAACAUACAAACCAGCCGUCCAACUGGUCACCUGUGGGACCUCCAUCUAGCCCAUAUGGUGGAGCCUUUGUUGCUGAGAAGCCAAAUAGCCCAAUGAUGUAUCCUCAAACAUUCAACAACCAAAACCCUAUUGUACCUCCAAUGGCAAAUAAUCCACCGAAAACCACAAUGAACAACUACCUCCCUCAAAGCCACUUGAACAUGAUAAGCCAGCAGUCAAAUAAUUUGAAUUCAAACUCCAUCAGCAAAACACAGAAUAUGCUACAUUAUGGUAAUACUAAACCACUGACACACUUUAAUGUUGAUAUGAGUCAAAGAUUGACUCCACCAAUUGCUAAUCAAAACAAAACUACUAUGUUACCAUACAUACAACAGCAGCAGCAACAACCUGCACUUCCGCCCCAGAUGAGCCAUUUGACAGAGGAACAGAAACGCCUGCUUAUCAUGAAGCAGAAGGGACUCCUGAAUCAACAAAUGGCUUAUGGAGCUCUCCCAGGCCACGGUCAGGAGCAGAAUACAGUUGGGAUGUCAAGACCUGCUGGCCCCAUGCAACAGUCUGUGCCAGGAGCUAGUGCAAACUCAGGGGGUCCUGGCUUCAUGCCCAGCCAGCCUCAAGCCGCCAUAAUGAAGCAGAUGCUGAUAGAACAGAGGGCCCAGCUACAUGCUAUGGAGCAGCAAAAACAGCAGUUUCUCAGGGAGCAGAGACAGCAGCAGCAGCAACAGCAGAUACUGGCUGAGCAGCAACUGCAGCAGCCGCACAUGAACAGGCAGCAUCUCCCGCAACAGAGGAAUCCUUACAGUGUCCAGCAAGUCAAUCAGUUCCAAGGGUCUCCCCAGGACAUUGCAGUAGCAAGAAACCAAGCAGCACUCCAGAAUAUGCGAGCUUCCCGGAUGAUGGCUCAAAAUGCUGGCAUGUUGUCUAUGGUCCCUUCACAGAAUCCAGGCACAAUGCCUACAGGUCCUCUGCAACCCGAGAUGGGCAUGGCUCCAUAUAGUAACACAUCAUCAAGUCAGCCAGGAAUGUACAGCAUGAACACAGGAGUAACCCAAAUGAUGCAGCAUCCAAACCAAAACAGCAUAAACAUGGCCCACAGUGCUGUGCAGGGUCCACGGCAGCCCGGUUCUGGACAAACAUUGGGAAUGGUUGGAGGAUUUGGUCAGAAUAUGCUGGUAAACUCUGUGAUGACCCAGCAACAUCAGCAAAUGAAAGGACCUGUUGGUCAACCCAUGACCAGACCUCAGGCUCCACGACUUCAAACCAUGAUGACAUCUUUAACACAGGGAGCACAAAACUGGCCCCAGCGUGGAUUACAAGGGAUAAGAACUAGUGGUGAAAUGGGGGGUUACAACAACGGAGCAGUCUACGCAGUGCAAUCGGGGCAGUCAAGGAUGAGCAAACAGCAUUUCCAGCAAGGGCUCAGUCAAAGUGUUGUUGACAACUCUGGUGCAGUAAGAGCCUUAAACCCAGCAAUGGGCAGGCAAAUGAUGCAGUCAUUACCGGGACAACAAGGCACCAACCAGCCCAGACAAUUAAUGCCUGUCAUGAACCCUGGAGUUCCCAAUAUGCCAAGUUUUAAUCAAGCUCCAACACAGCAAUUAUCUGGUGUAAACUUCCCUCAGAGCCACCAGAGUCAGGGUUAUGACAGGAAUCCUAGUCAGGACAUGUCAUACAGUUAUACAGAUGCCAGCGCUGGUCCCUUUACAGGUCUAGCAGAUGGUGCAGACCUUGUAGACUCAAUUAUGAGCAGGGGGCCUGGAGACGAGUGGAUGCAGGAACUUGACGAAUUAUUCGGAAAUCCAUAACAAUAUGAACAAUAAAAUAAAAUAAAAAAAAUGAUACUUUGCUAAAUGGAAAAGGGCGGUACACAUGUCCGUGCCUGUCCUGUAAAGAUGAGCUCAACUGCAGGCAGUUCCAGGAAUGUCAGGAGGUAAAGCAUCUCUGUCAGGGCGACAGUAGCACGUCAUGCUGCAAGUAGCAGGCUGUGUGGAGAAGGUUGUUCUGUAGUAUGCAGCCUCAGACCCCAGAGGUGACUGUAGGUGUGAUGUGAGCAAGUGUGGUCUGCUCUACAGUGACUGUGCAUUAUCAGUGGAUUCAUGUGUUAGAUGUGAAAAGGCAAGAGUGGCCAAAUAUUUGCACGACAACCCGGGAGACUGAAAUAGGUCUGUAUCACAGGGGCAGAGAUACUUCGUAUGGAGUAAACUAAUUUAUUUGCUGUUGCAUUAUCAUUUGGCUAACCGGCUUAGCCAUCAACUAUCAUGUUUUAAAACGCAGACAGGGAUGCGGCUGUAACAGGUGACGCGGUUUUACAUCAGGAAACCAGAUAAAAUACAGAAAUAUAUUGUAAACCCUUCCAAUGCUGAAUGAGCCCUGACAGGGCCCUAAGAGUGGAGACAGCAGUAAAUAUUUAAGUCCCAAUUUAGUGAUGGAAAAGGCACUGAUUGCACUUCAUAUCUUGUUAGUUGGCAUUACAAUUUAAUUCUAGAUAUAUUUUUUAAAAACUGACAUCUGCUCAGAGAGUCCAUAUUUUUAGGUGCUAACGCGUUUUUACAUCACAGAUAAGUAUUGAUCAAACAGAAAGAUUCUAUCCUAAAAUAAAAUGAUCAUCAAAGCAAUGACACUGGAUUGCUAGCCACUAAAUCUUAUUGUGUAAACUGAAUCCAUUACUGCUGUAGAGUAUGAGAACAGGACGAUCUAUUGAAACGUGGAAUAAUAAAACCAACACAAAAAAACCAAAACACGGGUCAUUUCAGUGGAAUGUAUCUGUCCAUUCCUGUCAAUCACUGUAUCCCAACAUAGAUAUGUUCCAGUGUGAUAACGCAGCAUAUGUGUGCACUGCUGCUACACAAUCCAGUGCCAAAACACAGUGACGGUGGGCUCCCCACUGACUGUGGUUUAACAUUGCGCAUUUUAGCAACAAGAAAAACAAUUUAUGAAUGUGACUGAAUUUUAUCUGUUUCAUUAUGCCCCAUAUUUGUAUUACUGUAAUAGUUAGGGGUGGGUCUAAAUACAGUUUACUGUAUUCCUUUUUUUUAACUAGUUAUUAACUGGCUUGUUGGCACUGCUGUGUAAUGUCAAAUCAUGUAGCCUUAGUCUCCUGAAUGUCCUCAGCAAAGUACUUUUACAUAAUAGCAACAUCAUUCUGGGGAGAUGUACUAAGCCGUUGAGAGAGGUAAUGGGCCUAAUUCAGAUUUGCAUGUAAACCCAAUGGUUUACGUGCACAUCCGACGGUUAGGGGCUCUGUGUAUGUGCAGAAGAGGACUUGCGGUAUCACUCGCAGCACCGUCGGCCACAGCAGCAUUUGCAGAGCGGCACAUAGCACUGUUCUUCAAAAUGGGGUCGUAAUGGGUACAGGGUCUGCUUCAUCAUAUGCAGAUGACUGGACCCGGGUGUCUGGAUCCGACGGCCAGCCUGAGUAAGCUUCAGCUUACACAGGCUGACUGGUGUCUAAAAGCAUCACGGAUUGUGGCCGAGGUCUCGGAUCCUGAUGGUCUCCUGCUGCAUUUAAACUUCAAUUACAUGGAAUUGUACAGCCGCUUCCUAGCGUCUGUGAAAUUCCAUACUAACAUGAGUCGUUACCAGCCAAUCAGCUCCUAACUGCCAUGUUACAGGCUGUAUUUGAAAAGUGACAGGAGCUGAUUGGUUGGCAGUUUCUCUCUCCACUUUAUCUCUACUCAAGGCUACAUCUGCCCCCCCUAUCAUGACUUUGAAAAGUAAGGGUGUAGCUAGUCCUCCAAAAAAAAUGUUAUCAGAUAUUUUUCCAAUAUCUAACGCCAUACUUUUAAUUGAGACUGAUAUACAUUAGUAACGCAUUCUCCUAAGAUGACAGCAAUAUGCAGGUCAUCCACUACUACAUGUUGCUGAUGCCAUUGGACCACACAUCAAUGUUUCUGCUAGACAAUUCACCUUCCUAUUAGUGGCCGAUAGACGUAAGGGUAUAAUCUGCGGGUAAAUUUAGAUUGAUCUCUGUCAUUGUAAAGCUUUACUCCAAAUGCUUCACAUUGGGACCAAGUAAUAUAUAGAGAGAUUAUGUUUCUUUUUUUUUUUAACUAUGGUGCUGAUGUAAAUGUUUGAAAAUGGUUAUUUGUAAAUAUCUUUUUACAAUAAUGCAGAUAUCACUGGGUCUACUGUCUGUACAAAUAUAUAAAUAAAAGUAAAUAUAUAUAUAUAAUUAUAUAUAUAUUAUAUAUAUAUAUACCAUUUGUUUAAAAUAGAGUAUUUUUAUUUCUUUCUCUAACUCAUCAUCAAAGCAGUGGUAUUGCACUUCAAACAACUUGUCAUUUUAUUUUUUGUAUUAUGUAUAACUUCCGACAACCUUCUCCAUUCAAAUCAGGUUUUUUAUUUCCUUGUGGGGGGUUUUUUCUUUUCGGUUUUUAGAGUUUCCGAUUUUUUUAUUGGGUUGUUUCUUGAAAUUGUAGAUUCCUGGGCUGUAGAAAAUGGUGAUAUUGGCAUACCACUUUUGAUGAAAAAUAAAAUGUUAUC